UGCCCCUCCGCCCGCUACUGUUUUGGCCGAUUCAAGAUGGCGGUGCAGGAGUCGGCUGCCCAGCUGUCCAUGACCCUGAAGGUGCAGGAGUACCCGACCCUCAAGGUGCCCUAUGAAACACUGAAUAAACGCUUUCGAGCUGCUCAGAAGAACAUUGACCGGGAGACCAGCCACGUCACCAUGGUGGUGGCUGAGCUGGAGAAGACCUUGAGCAGCUGCCCUGCCGUGGACUCCGUGGUCAGCCUUCUGGAUGGCGUGGUGGAGAAGCUUAGUGUCCUCAAAAGGAAGGCGGUGGAGUCCAUCCAGGCCGAGGACGAGAGCGCCAAGCUGUGCAAGCGCAGGAUCGAGCACCUCAAGGAGCACAGCAGCGACCAGCCCGCAGCGGCCAGCAUGUGGAAGAGGAAGCGCAUGGACCGCAUGAUGGUGGAGCACCUGCUGCGCUGUGGCUACUACAACACGGCCGUGAAGCUGGCGCGGCAGAGCGGCAUCGAGGACUUAGUGAACAUCGAGAUGUUCCUGACGGCCAAAGAAGUGGAGGAGUCCCUGGAGAGGCGCGAGACCGCCACCUGCCUGGCCUGGUGCCACGAUAACAAGUCCCGGCUGCGCAAGAUGAAGGGCCGCCAAAGUGAGCACGACGCGAAGACAGGACGGAAAAGUAGAGUGGCCAGUGGCUCCCCUAAAGAGAGUGAGGAUCUUGGUAUGGAAACCAUAAAAGGAAAGCCCGAAGUGAGCUGCCUGGAGUUCAGCCUAAGGAUUCAGGAGUUCAUUGAACUCAUCCGGCAGAACAAGAGACUGGACGCGGUGAGACACGCAAGAAAGCACUUCAGUCAGGCCGAAGGGAGCCAGCUGGACGAAGUCCGCCAGGUCAUGGGCAUGCUGGCCUUCCCGCCAGACACGCACAUCUCCCCCUACAAGGACCUGCUGGACCCGGCCCGGUGGCGGAUGCUGAUCCAGCAGUUCCGGUACGACAACUACCGGCUGCACCAGCUGGGAAACAACUCCGUGUUCACCCUCACCCUGCAGGCCGGCCUCUCGGCGAUAAAGACACCACAGUGCUACAAGGAGGACGGCAGCUCCAAGAGCCCCGACUGCCCCGUGUGCAGCCGCUCGCUGAACAAGCUGGCACAGCCCCUGCCCAUGGCCCACUGCGCCAACUCCCGCCUGGUCUGCAAGAUCUCGGGCGAUGUGAUGAACGAGAACAACCCGCCCAUGAUGCUGCCAAACGGCUACGUCUACGGCUACAAUUCUCUGCUCUCCAUCCGUCAAGAUGAUAAAGUUGUUUGCCCAAGAACCAAAGAAGUCUUCCACUUCUCGCAAGCUGAGAAAGUGUACAUCAUGUAGGCCCAAGUCGCCAAGCGCGCGCCGUGGGGUCAGGCGACGGUGGGGAGCCCCUCACCCUCACGCCCCCCCUGCUGCGGCGUUUCUGUUUCUUGCGACCAAAGAUGAGUGAGCAACGA